UGAUGACAAAUUGCUCAUGUGGUAUUGUUUACGCCAUUUUCGUGAACUGUCGAUGUGUUGUUAUAAGAAGAACAUUAUUUAAAUUUAGGGCAAUCUGCACAAGUUACCAUUAGGGUUAAUAUCACGUUGCACUAAUGGAUGAGCAGGAAAUCCUCACCACCUUAAAGAUACUGAUUAUAGGAGAAAGCGGAGUUGGAAAGUCAAGUCUGCUGCUGCGUUUCACAGAUGACACCUUUGACCCUGAACAGGCAGCCACAAUUGGUGUGGAUUUCAAGGUGAAGACCCUCACAGUUGAUGGAAACAGGACAAAGUUGGCAAUAUGGGAUACAGCAGGCCAGGAGAGGUUCCGGACCCUGACUCCCAGCUACUACAGGGGCGCUCAGGGAGUUAUACUAGUAUAUGAUGUCUGUAGCAAACAGUCCUUUAGCCGGCUGGAUGCAUGGCUGAAUGAACUGGAGACCUUCGCAACAAAGCAUGAUAUGGUCAAGAUGCUGGUAGGGAACAAGAUUGACAAGGAGAGGAGGGAGGUGAGCAAGGAGGAGGGCUUAAAGUUUGCCCGCAAACACCACAUGCUGUUCAUUGAAGCAAGUGCCAAAACCAAAGAAGGGGUACAGUGUGCAUUUGAAGAACUUGUGGAGAAGAUCAUCCAGACACCAGGUCUGUGGGAAACAGACAAGCAGGGCCUGACUCUAGGUUCUCCCCAUCCUAACUCGUCUUCCUGUAGCUACUGUGUAAUCUGAUCUCUGCAACCUCCCUGCCCUUGGCCCCCGUCUUUCACUAGCCUCUUCACAGUACACAGAGUACACAGUAUGACUGAAGCCUGGAAACACAGCUGUGGACAUAGCUCAGAUUUGUGUCAAGAAGUAAAUGUGUUCUUGAGACUUGUGUCAGACUUGUGUUCACAGCGCUUCGCGUUUGGAAGACUCCAUGGAACUUAGUUUCUCAGGUUAUUGUGUGCUGGGGUUUUUCUGACAUGAUUUAUUGGAAUUCUUGUAAAAUUAGUUACAAAUGUUUAGACACUAGAAAUUGCAUUAUAAAACCAUUGUGUACAUAAACCUGAAUUAGGAAUGAAAUCAAGAUCUAGUCAUCAAGACUGCUGGGAAUCAGGUCUAGAAUUCUGUUGCUUACUUAGUUUACCAAGGUUUCUGAUUGCCGCAUGUCUCUCUAGUUAGCUCUGCCAAUCAUGAAGACAUCCAGUUGUCUGAGAGGUUAAAGGACAAGCUUGGGUUACUGACUAGAAGACAUAAUAAUAAUGUGCAGAGGUUGUAAUAUGCAUACAGUUAGGAUAAUUGACAAUGUUUGAACUCUGUCUCUUGUGCCAUAUCAUGAUACUCCUCAAAAACAGCUGACAAGCAGGGUUCCGGCCACCAAUAGUCGAUGUGUUUAUAAACUGUCUUAACAAUUGACAGGGAUAACCAACUGGGGAAACACUAACAUUUACCUCUCAUUACUGUCAACAGUAGCAUUGAAUCAUUUACACUUGUUUAUUCAAUCAUGCUGAUUCAUCAUUAUGAGACUACACGAAAAUAGCUGUGGACAAGAUAUUAGAUUUUCUUUAAAUCCCUUUAGUAAAGAGGAAACUUGCUGGGGUUUCCGUCUUUUGGAGUAGUAGCCCAGGUCACCGUAGGAAUAACAGCGAGCUGAUUGUGAGGUUAUUGAAAUUGUCUCGACUAAUCUCAAUCAGUUGAUUUACUUUGAUACCUCUGCAUGUGAAGAAAGCGUGUCAGGUGGACAUUCUAAUCAGCUGAACAAUGUCCAGACUUCUAAGUUUAGCAAGUGAAGCUUUCAGAGCAGCUUAUCCUAUCACUGUAUCUCGAAAAUGAACAUACAGUUCUGAAGGUAAAUGAUAAGGACAACGCCAUUCUAUUGGUGAUAUUUGCUACACCCUCUUGUUUCUGACUGCUAUUGCAUCUAACCCAACAGGGAGUACAAUCAAAGGAAGUGUGUGUUUGGGGUGGGUUUCCCAUUUUGGGGAAUGAAAAAUGGAUAGAGAUCAGUUGUUGACAUCUGACUUCCUCUCUAACACACAUCCUUCGUUUAGAUUUGUGAAUGUUCUGUCAUGGUUUACAUGAUACAAUUAUCUAUGGAGGCUUGUCAGAUCCCCCUGCAGUAAGGCAAUGUAUUAGAGGAACAUAUCUGAUUCUGGUAAAUACAGCCAUGUGUACUGUGUACGUGGUCAGGCAAAACUAAUGUGCUAUUCCUCAUCUCUGAGACUCUCUAAUUAUCAUAGGAAUAAGAAUUUAUUUUAUUGGUAUUAAUGCAUUUUCGUCACUUUUUGCUGCAUGAAACAGCUCAGACAUUUGUUUUCAAAUAUACUUAGAUUUCAAGUUUCAAGAAGAAGUCAGAGGAUGUCAGUGAUCCUCACUUGUAUAUUGUUCACAUAUUUACUGCAUUAAAAUGAUGUUCUUUGGUAUGUGUCCAUUUUAAACAAUUUGGGAACUGUUGCUUGUUAAUGUUUUAAUUUGACAUAUAACUUUAAGUACUUGAUCUGUGUAAUGACAAUUUUUAUGUCUGUUUCUGUAAGAUCAGUAUAUGUUUUGUUGAAUGCUUUUUGAUUUUAUGAAAUGAAAUUUUUAUGGAUCUACUGCCAUUUACACCAACUAAUGAUAUGUUAUUUAGUGUAUUAUGUAGUCAACUUGGUGAGGAAGGUCUUUCAGGGACUGUAUAGUAAUUUGGUCUAAGAGAGAUUCAUCGUUGCUAAAAACAACAUUGCAAAUGAUAUUUGGCCAUUUACACAGAUUUGCCAUGACUGACACUUAAAUAUCCAAGAGACUCAGAUCGAAAAGAAACCUUACAAAAUGAAAAUAUACUAAACAACAUUAGAAACGCACCACAAUAAAAUGCACCGACGAUGCUCAGAUAUCAUGGGUACAUUUCAGUCUGACAGGGUAAUUAUAUGGAUGGUGCGUUUCUAAUGUUGUUCUGUAUAUAAAUCACCUUUUUUUGGUGAUUACAGUUUUAAGUUGUUCCAUCCUUCAUGAAUCAGGAACCUUUGAGAGAGCAGGUAUUUUCUGUAUUUCCUGCAGUAACACAACCUGUUCUAAUGAAGGUAUGUAGUUUAGGACAUGUUCAAAUUCGAACAACUGAUAUGAGGUGUGCUUAUUUUGUACAGUAGGCUAGAUUCCUACCCUGUUCGAUUGGUGUAAUCGGUAUACCUGCUUAUAGUCCGUAAAAUAACCAAUAUUAUCGUGAUUGUGUUUGUUGCCUGCAUACUGGGUAGGUGUCUCACCCAGUGAAUUAAACACGCUGGAGACUCCUAGGCCAGUGGUGUAUUUCUACACUACAGCCAAUACCUUGUUUUCAUGUUCAGUGUAGCAGUAAUGUGUGUUUCAUGCUACAAAGUAUAGAUUUGAUGAGAAAGAAUUAGUGCAUGUAUACUAAAUAUGACAUCAGUGCAUUAGAAAUGUUCGAGUAGAGAUAACAAAAUGGAAAUGAGACACACAGUCCUAAGGAAACAAAACAUUGUCUUAUAUCAACAACUGCUAUACUGGAUGCAAUAAGCAUAAUCUAUUCUACACAUCUGUACAUACAAGAGAAAAGGCAGUAGCCAAAUCAUUCCGUUAUAUAUUCAAAUGUAAGGAGAGCCCAGCCCCAGUUAUGAAAUUACUGUCACAGAAAUAUGGUUUUACAGCUAUACAAUGUACUUAUGUCUGUGUGUGUGAAAUCUGCACUGGACGACUGCAGUGAUCACUGAGGUAGCAUUACUGUAUUCAUAAUCAAGGAAUUGGUUGUGGCAGUUUGGAAGUGACAGACAUCAGUAAAUAUGGACCAAACAUAUACUUAUGAUAAUAUGUAUGAAUAGUGUUUGUUUCUGAAUGGGUUGUUUGCUCUGACAACAUUUUUGGGUGUUUACCUGCACAGAUCCCAUGCUGGGAGAAAAUGGUUUGUGAAUAUUUCUGCUUCAUUUCUGCAUGACCAUUGUAAAGAACAAAACCUCAUCUAUUCUUUGACAUAUGUGAGUGCUUGUUGUGUAUUUCAACUCUGAAAUCCAUUAGUUAAAAAAGUACCGAUAAAAAUUCUCCAAAUAACCUAAUUAUUUAAUUUUUAAAUGCAGAGAUAACUUAUUGGAAUAUUUUGUUGGCAAAUUUGAAUGCAGAGUUGGGUUGAGAUCAAUACUGACAAAUUGGUGUGGAGAGAAUUGAAAACAAAAUUGUCCCUUGUAUGAAUAUUGUAGGGAAUACGCUGUUGUGUUGUAUGCAUGGGUAGGGUAGAGAUCACUGUUAAAGGGACAACACAGGACGCCAGGGCUCACACUUAGGUAAACCUACACCAACCUCGGGAUCAAUUCCCAUGGUUUUUAAGAUUGCAAUUUGCCCACUUUUGAUUUUCAUUACAUAUUUACAGAGCAACCAAACAUUGCCAUAAGGGAAAGGGCAAGGGAGGUAACUUGUAUCACCAAGAAACCAAACGACCAAAUGAAUUUUUAGGGCUUUCUUUUGCAUUUCAGUCAGUUUUUGAAUAUUGAAUAGCUAAAGAAUUCUAUCCUAAUCAAUGAGACAAACAAUCAAUGAGGCUGGUUUGUAAGUCAUUUCAGUUGGUACAUGAGACUUAGUAGCAGACCCAUGGGAUUAGGGGUUAACGUAGGUUUCCCGAAAUGCUAGGCCUUGAGAUAUAGAGACCUAAUUAUGCCUCACAAUUCAUAGAUAUUGUUUACUUAUGUUUACUAGUUGGGUGCAUUUGUUCACACUGUGACCCAGUUGUUUAACAUCACUGUUUGAACAAUGCUUUUGGCUGCCACUACCUGGUUAUGAGUUGCUACCACUAAUUUGCUCCAUAUACACUGUUUCUCAGUGUAAGGUAAAAGUGGGUGCUUUUCCCCCCUGAAAUGUUGUGCUCCCUGAUAUGAUAUUAAUAAAACAAUCCAACAGAAGGGAGGAAACAAAAAUGUAAUAGCAAAUUCUAGUUUGUUAGGCAGUAUUUAACAUUGUUUCAGAAUUUCGUGUACAUUUUCUCUGUAAAGACAACUCAAAUAGCACAUUUUCUUGUGUCAUUGUGGACCCCUUGUUAUCAGGGAACAUUUCUCACACAGUAAAUAAUAAUCAGAUUAAGAUUUCAGCGUCUAGCGAGCAACUAGACAGAUGGAUGCUAGGCACUAUAUAAAUUAAUUAUUAUUAUUUUUAUUAACAAUGAAGGCUGCAAAAAAGGGUUAAACAUGCUUUUGUAUUAAUAUUCACAUGUGUAUUUAUAUGUAUCCUAUUUUAUGAGUGCUUACACACUUGGCAUCGCUGUAAUCUUGUGACAUUAUUGGAAUAGUUUGCAGAUUUGUGUGUUGGUAUGUAUCGAAACAAUGUACAGAACAAAUAUGCAUUAUUUAUUAAUGUUCUGUUUGGCUUUGGAGCACUGUAUUUGAUUCUGAGAUUCAGUCAAAUCUUAAUCUCAGUUAGACAUUUGAGUCAAUUGAGUAACUUUUGAUAUCUGUGCAUUACAUGUAUGUUGUGGGAAUCUCGUACAUUGCUUCUGAAAAUAUCCUAGUGAAUCCAGUGUAUCAGAUAUAAAGAAAUGUGAUGCUAAAACAAAUCUCCACUUGAAUUGUCAUCACAAAUACUGGUACUCGAAUCAUCAACUGUCAUCUGACCUGGAAAGUGUUUUUAGUGCAAGAGAAAGUGUGACAUUAAGAUACCUUGAAAAGAGGGAUCCGGUUGAUGGCAUUACUCAUAUUCUGUCCUCAAACAACAAAAUUUGUAUGAACAUGUUUCUCUGUAUAACUACAGCUGUAAAUGUUUGUUUGGGUUUAGUGGAGACUAACAUAUUUCAUGAAAUAAAAUUAUUUUAAAAAGUCCUUCCUACUUUUUGUGAACAUUUCAUUUUACUGGAACUACUUGGGAUGUUACACUAGCUUGAUUGAUAUUGCUUCCAGGAAACAAUCUUUAUGGACAGUAUAGUAAAGCAAAUAUGAAUAGCUCUGAUGCAAAAUAACCCUUAAGUAAAACCCUCAGAUAAAUAAUUAAAUUUUUGAUUUUUCAAGUUAUAUGAUAUGUCGUAGCCCAGCAUGAGUUGACUGUGAUGGAGGAACUAGUAUAUGUUGCCUUUGAAUUGAUUGAUCUGAUGUGGUGCUUGCCUAUCUACCCUUGUAUAUAUUAUCUAUUUUUAUGAUUUUGAAAUAAAUUGUCAAUAGAACAUACCUGUAAUGUACAGUAAAACCUGAAUAUUUUGGUUGGACAUUCAUUGUUUCAUUCUAACGACAGUUUACCUGUAUGGCAUGUUAGAUGCGUCCACCCAUCUGUUUCAAAGAAACCAAUUUGAUAUUGGAGAAUUAGGAUUUUUGUAAACAAAUAUUAUUAGAGCAUCAUUUCAUGUGUCAUAAAACAUCUGUACAUCAUGGCUUGUGUGUACACUAGAUGUGUUGACUUGGGCUAUGACAGUACAAUUGGUAUGUACAAUGUCAGGGUGGUCAUACAAGGCAAUAUUUCAUAACCUUGAUAGUCAGCUGCAUGUGGCCAGAAACCCCAAAACAUCAGAACCGCUUUAGUGUAUCAAACCAAAAUCUAUUUGACAGACAGCUUCAUGUCCUCAGAUAAAAUGUGAACUGUUUCUUGUGAUAAUUGUUUUGUAGAAUGUGCCUGACAACACAGUGGCUAAAGUGUUGUGUUCCAGCACUCAUGUUUUAAACAAGUUCCAUUGGGCAAAAUAAUAACUGCUAGAAUUAAACUUCCAAUGUGUAAAUAAAGUUUUCAUGAGAU